AUGAAACUCAAGCUACGAACACAGAAUACAGAAACACUCAAAUCAACACUUUCUCUCGUCAACCCACUUCGAAAGUUUAUUGUUCUUCGUUUCUGUCCUGAAAAGUUAUAUAUAAUACUGGUCAAUGGCCAAUCAGUAACCCAAGAACCUCAAGUAUGGUGUAAUCUCAAAAUCAGUAGCAUCUUUGACCAGAUAGAAAUUCUGAGUCUUCGCGAUGACACUAUUCUGUUGGAAAUCAACUUGGAAUUGCUUCUUCAAACUCUUAGAAAUUUCGACAGAGCCAAUAGUGAUGGAUUGAAUAUCAGACUUCAAAGAAAGGAUUCUUCAGGUGGCCUGGGCACUAACACGGGUAACGGUAGAACGGCAUCGUUGGCAUUGUUCUAUGCUAAUGUCAACGCCAACUCAAAUACUAUCAACCAUACUUUUCGGAUCCCGGUAAAAAUCUUGAAGAAUACCCACGAUAUGAUGCUAUUAAAAGAGCCAGAACUUAAUGAUGUGCAACUCAUUAUGAAACUACCAAAUGAGUUCGUGUCUAUUUAUAAGAGAAUGGACAAAUUCAAGAAAACAACAAACAACGAAAUUAUCACCAUAAAGGCAAGUAGACGGCAAAGUGGGUUUCUCGGGUUUGUACUAGAGGAAGAAGGAAAGUAUCGAGUAACAAUCAGCUGGAACGACAAGCUUAAUGUACAAAGACCUAAUCUAGCAAGUAUGGAUGGAGAAUCCUUAAGAAUGUCAGUGCUUAGAAAUACCACUAACUCAGAUGUCGUAGACGACAAUGAUGAAUCCGAAGACAAGGAAAUCACUGUCCGGUUGAAAGACUGGCAGAUGGCAUCCAAGAUCGUAGCACUGUGCAAAACAGUAGUUCUUGUGAUUACAUCUAGAGAUUGUAUUUUGCAUUGUUUACUUGAUGAUUCUGACGACGUUGAGAUCAUAUACUACAUCAGUGGAAUCCGUAUACGAAACCCAAUUGACUACUAA